AUCAGUGUCAAGUGUUAAUCAACAAAGCCACCGCGUAUUUUGGGUGGGGACGCUAACCAUAGGCUUUUGUUUAUUUCCAUCAAAAGUAUUUUUAUAACUUGUAAUAUCACUUAAAUUAAAAAAUUCUUGAUAUAUAAAAUGAUUUAUUGUAAAUCUUUAAUAUUUGUUAUUAUACUGCUGAUGUGCUUAUUGCAUAUGGGUUGCGCUAUUAAAUGCUGGGACUGCCGUUCUGAUAAUGACCCGAAAUGCGGUAAUCCGUUCGAUAAUAGUUCGCUAGUUAUUACAGAUUGCGCACAGGAGCCUGAGUUAUCACAUUUGCCUGGAGUGCGACCGACAAUGUGUCGAAAAAUUCGGCAAAAGAUGCAUGGCGAGUGGCGUUAUUUUCGUAGUUGUGCCUACAUGGGUGAGCCGGGAAUAGAAGGUGACGAACGUUAUUGUCUCAUGCGGACCGGAAGUUACAAUAUUUUUAUGGAAUAUUGUACUUGCAAUAGCAAGGAUGGUUGUAAUGGUGGAAAUCUUCUGAGCAGGAACAAAUUUGCAAUAUUUCUUAGCACAAUAUUAGUAGGAGUAGUAGCUUGGACACUCCGUCUCUGAAAAUAAUUGUAUCAAUAUAACUUCUCAGUAAAAUGUGCCUUCUAAUAGUGAUUUAUUAAUCGAAUGGAAAUUAGUACAAUUACGAACUGUUAUUCAAACUUAAUACUUAUCACUUUAACAUAUCCGUCCAAACUACGCAUUCGAUAUUUAGAGAUUAAGUUUUUGCAAAAUUAUUUUCAAUUUUUUAGAGAUAUCUUAAGAUGCUAUAUAUUUGCAUUAUAUUUAAUAAAGCCAAAUGAAAACUCGUA